CUGUGAAGAAAGGGUGUCAGAAUGACUAAGGUCAAGAAGAGGAUGUCGGCCAAGAUGAUGAAGUGGGUCGAGGAGAACUCGCAGCCGCGCGAAAUCCCAAGACAGCCGGCGGUUUCGAGGGGAAAGAAAGCUCCCUUAAAGAAACUGAUGCCGCGCGUAUUGAAACUCAGCGUCCCCACCCCAAGGUUGAUGCGGAAGAGUCCUUCACAGGAUUCCAUGCAGAUUUUGGUGACAGCCUUCAUGGUGAAAGCACGAACCCAGACGUACAAGGCGACCCCCAUCAUCAAACGAUUGGCCAUACCGACGCAUAGGAGGCUCUUCUGGAGGGCCUCGGUGGACGGGAUAUAUGAAAUGAACGAGUUCUUCCGCGUCAAGAACUCCGCGCUGCGUUAUAAACCAUCGGAGAGGAUCGCCGAUAUGGCAGAGCCGAGGAGACCCUACAGAAAAACUAACUAUGAUAUUUUCUUUAGGGUUAAAAGAAAAGCUCUCCAAUACACAGCGACUCCGCGCAUUGAAAAACUAGCGGAGGGCAAGAAAGGAAAGAAGUAUAAACCUGUCAAGCCGAGAUACGUGAAGAAAGGAGCUUUGACUGCAGCAGCGUCGCCGAGGGUCACCGAAUUGGCCAUGCAUAGGUCGUAUGAGGACACGAGCAAUCCGUACGCGUUCCAGACAAGGAAAGGAGCGUUGAAGUACGUGGCCACACCCAGGAUGAAGCAGCUGGCCACACCGAGGAUCAUAACUCCCAAAUACGUGGCCGUGGAAUGAACAAGUCAAUCCUUAACUUACCAUAUUCGUUGCCAAGAAUAAUACAUAACAAAUGAAGUGAAAACAAAAGGUCAUUAGUUGUCAAUCA